UUCUUUUCCCUGCUUUUUAAGCCACUAUCUAUCUCUCUCUCUCUCUCUCUCACACACACACACCUUCCUUUUUUGUAUACUCCUCAAAUCAAAUAAUAUGACACCAUACUUCUAUUUUAUGUGCUUAAAUUGUCUGUGUUUCAACAUCUUUCACAAAAGCACAACAUAGUUUGAUCAUGGAAGGAGUUGAUGAGACGACAAGUUCUUGGCCACAGGAGAGAAGAACAAGGCAUCGCAAGCUCGGCCGGUCCCUAAACUGUCCCCGCUGUAAUUCUGGCAACACCAAAUUCUGCUACUACAACAACUACAGCCUCUUGCAGCCACGCUAUUUCUGCAAGACUUGCCGGAGAUACUGGACUGAAGGAGGGGCACUCAGAAACAUACCUGUCGGAGGCGGUUCGACAAAGAACAAGAGGCCAUCAUCAACGACGUCCUCAUCAUCGUUGUCGUUGACUUUGUCUGGUCAUUCCAAGAAGCUACCUGAUUUUCCAGCCCUUAAUUCAAUCCCACAGCAAAACUCUAGUCUUGCAACCCCACAAGAAUUCAUGGCUUCGAGCUUUCGUUAUGGGCUCGCGGCAACAACUCCGAUGAUGAGUCCUUUCUUGCCAUUUCAAGGCUAUGCUGCUGCUGCUGGUGGUGGUGGUGGUGGUGGUGGUGGUAGUGAUCAUUUCAGUACAGUUUCUCCAUUUGGGUUCAAUAAUCAUCGUCUUUUACCUGAUGAUGAAACGAUCAGGCCUUCUCUAGGGCAUGGCUGGAUUGGCGGGAGUAAUCCCGGCAGCUUCCAAGGGGUGCAGCAGCCAAAUGCAAAGCCUUUUUCUUUAUUUGAAGACUUGAAGCUGUAGAUGUCAUCUUAGCAGCAGAAAUAAGAUGUAUAAACAUGGGGAUCUACAUAUAUAUAUAAUUGAAAUAUGAUAUGUUCAUCCACAGCCUUUUCCAACUACAAAACUGUUAGAAUCAAAAUGAGUGAAUUCAACGCCA